UCAAUUCCCUUUCACUGCUUUUGUUUCAGGCCUUCUGUAGUUUGCAAUGGAGCCAUCGGGAAGUACUAAAAUAUCUUCAUCAAGCAACCACACCCAAAACUCAACAGGUGGUGGUGGCUGUCCAUGGGAGGUCACCGACAAGGCCAGACUGUGCCGUUUCCUCUGCUACGGCUCUGAGGGAGAUGCAUACACAGCCAGAGAGGAGGGGCAGGUCAGCAUGGAGGGUGCAGGAGCUCUGCUCUCCCUGCUGCAGGACGGCCGGGGUGCUGAGGUGGUUGAGGAGAUAAAAAGGUUCUGCCAGGAUGGACAUGCUGUCAGACCUGGCCCCACCUUUUUCGCCUUGGCUUUGUGCUCCCAGCACUCGGAGCUGAAGACAAGACAGGCGGCAUUCAAAGCUGUAAAGGAAGUUUGUCGGGACCCUGCCCACCUGUUCUCUUUCAUCCAGAACAAGAAGGAGUUGAAGGAGGGUAUGAAGUGUGGGAUUUGGGGACGUGCCCUGAGGAAAGCAGUGUCUGAUUGGUACAAUGAGCAGGACGCCAUGAGUCUGGCUGCGGCUGUGACCAAAUGUAAACAGAGAGAAGGAUGGACGCACCAGGAUCUGCUCAGGCUCUCUCACACCAAACCAGCCAAUGAAGCAAUCGCCUUGAUCAGCAAAUAUGUAACAAAAGGGUGGAAAGAAGUCCAGGCUGCUUACUCGGACAAAGAGAACUCUGAGGAGGUGGUCAAAGUGCUUCUGUAUCUGGAGGUAGUGGAGAAGGUCAAGCACAGUUGUGAUGAAACAGAGGUCAUCAAUUUAAUAGAGGAACAUAACCUGGAGAGGGAACAGUUGCUGACAGAACACCUGAAGUCCAAACAGGUAUGGAGGUCUUUGUUGAAGGAAAUGCCUCUCCAGUCAGUGCUAAGGAUCUUGGGUAAGAUGACGUCGAACAAAGUGCUUGAACCUGGAAGUUCAGAAAUGCAAGCUGUGUGCGACAGAAUCCAGAGUGAGACGGAACUAAAGAAGGCACAGAUCCAUCCUUUCAGCAUCCUUUUGACUUCCGAAAACUACAAAAGAGGCCAAGGCUUUCAGGGUAAGACAAAGUGGGAACCAGACAGCAGCAUCCUCAAAGCAAUGGACUCUGCUUUUUACAAGAGUUUCAUGAAUGUGGAGCCUCUGGGUAAACGCUUCGUAGUGGCAGUAGACGUGAGCACAUCACUGAGCAGCAUUGUCCCCGGGACGUCGAUCAGUACUGCUGUCGCCGCUGCAGCUAUUACUAUGAUAUUUGCAAGGACAGAGGCAGACACAGAUGUGCUGGCUUACUCUGAAGGAGCUGUGGUUCCAUGCUCCAUCUCUGCUGACAUGACUCUCUCACAGGCAACAGUCGAGCUGGUUAAGAUCCCGAGCGGGAGCACAGACUGCACCCUUCCCAUCGCAUGGGCCACAGAGAACGGGAAAGCAGUAGAUGUUUUCAUCAUUCUGACAAACAACCCAUUGUGGAUGUUUACUGCCAGCCCCGUGGAGACUCUAAAGAAACAUCGACAAAAAUCAGGAGCUAAUUCCAAGUUGGUGAUGUGUGGACUUACUUCAAUUGGACAUGGUAUCGCUGACACAGAAGACAGGGGUUUGCUGAGCAUCUGUGGCUUUGACCUUGGAGCUCUGAGCGUCAUUCGUAACCUAGCCCAAGAUCUGAUCUGACUGAGUGCUGGGACUGUUGGGACUCAACUGUCUCUGAGUCAUGACUUUAGAGUACAAAAAGACACCAAGUGGACCAGGGUGGCUCACUUAGCAAGUAGAGGGCCCUAAAACAGCACUAAUCCAAAAGAUGUUGACAUUAACAUUUUCAAUUUCUCCUUUUGUAUGAUGUCGCAUACAGGUCAACUGACAAAGUGUCCAGCAGGCUGGACAACACUCUGGAGAAGAUAUUUCUUCUUUUUAAAUGCUGAAAUAGGAAAAGAAAGUCAAAAGAAAUGACAUGUCCCUGCAUGUCAUGCUGGCAGGUGUAGUGCACAAAAGCUCCCUGUGUGACGGGCUGUUUACCUCUCUGAUGGGUUUUGGUGAGCAAGAAUCUUUACGACAAUAAUUCCGCCACUUAUGAAAAUAUGUGGCCAAACUAAGGAAGAGGAACACUGUAAGAGUCUGAAUGUUAGAAGUGAGUUCAACUAUAGGGUUAUUUUAAGAGCAAUUACCUUAGUUUCUCAGUAUGUUUCCACGGUAUGAUUUAGCAGGUCUGACGGGAUGGUUCAGGUUUGUCCCUCUUUUAUGUAGCAUAAAGGCUAAACGGAUCUAAUGUCAAGAAAGCACCCAAAGCAUAAAAACUGCAAUAUGUUAUGCCAUCUUUGAUUUUUUUAAAAAUCUUUACACUUUCAUUUACAAAAGUCUGGCCUUUGUCAAGCGUCAGUUUUAGUUGUGCUGACAUUUGUUUUCCCUGAGGUCAAAUUAAUUAAAAAACUUAGUUCUGCUCUUGUCAAACUAACUCUUUGAAAGGAUACGCCCUUGGUGCUCUUAAACAUGAUCUGUUUUUGCAGGAAUAUUUGGGAUAUUUAGAUCAGUUUACUGUUUAAGUUGGAGACACAUUUGUAUUUGACUAUAAUGCUGAGGAAGGAGUGAAUCAUAGCUAUUUAACUACUGUUUACCAAGACUGAAACUGUUAGCACAGUAAUGUUUCUGUAUGUUUUAUGUAAGGAUGUUGAUUAUGCAAAAACUAACCAAUUAUUGCAACCUUGCUGUAAUAAAAUGGAUUGAAUGUACGUUAGUUAAAAUAUGUCGGGUUUAAAGUAGAAUGCUUUAUAUUUCUUCUGACACAGUGCACAGAGUUUAGGGUCUGAAUUUGUGGAAAGGCAAACAACUACAGUGAUGCUUCUUGUUUUGGUCCACAGCAUCACUAAUCAAUCAUUCUGGUCUAAUUCACUUCUUAUGAAGACAAUUUUCUGACCAUAUUACUGUGAGGAAGUGCCCCCCCCCCCCCCCCCCACACACACACACACACACACACACACACACACACACACACACACACACACACACACAUGCUGACACUGACACAUUCAGAGUUGAGACAAUGUCCACUGCGUCUUGUUUGAAGGUCAAAAUGCUACUAGGCAAAAAUAUUUGUAUAAAAUUGUGAUUUGAUACAUUUUAAGUUGAAAGUCUGACAUAAGAGUUAGUAAUUAUGAGGUUUGUUUGUUGACAAGUGUUUAUCACCGUGAUUAACUUAUUUUCUGUCAUCUUUGUCUGAUGUAUCCACUUGUGUAACUUUCAAGUACUUGACUGUAGUGGCAAUGUAAACCCCCAAUAAACACUCUGCUGCUUUUUA